UGCGCUGGGAAGGGGGCAGUGCACAGCUGUGGAGCAUGGAUUGAUGGGUUUCAGGCAGGGGGUGGGACCGGGGCUGCCUCCUGGUGUCACAGGGGCUUAUUCGUUGUCACUGCAGAGCCAGGGUCACUGCCCCGAGACCCGGGGAUGGCCCUUCAGGGUGGGCAGUGCCCUCCCCCGUGCUGUUCCCAGCUGGCUCUCCUUCCGGCUCCUCUGCCUCAGACCGGAGUCGGGGGACGUGGGGAGAAGUCCCUGGCCCACGACUCGGGCGGACGGAGAUGGUUCGGUGUCCCUCACUGAGAUCCUUCUGGCCCCAGGGAGCCUAGAGACUGUCCAGGCUGCCCCAGCUUCCCCAUGGAGGGCACCUUGCCCCUCACCCCUUUCCUUAAGAAAACUGGGUGGGGGCGAGGUCCGCGCACAAGCGUGUGACGCUCGGGCUGCUGUCGGUGGGAUCCCCGGGCUUAGCCAGGGCCCAGGUUCCCUGUUAGUGGGCCACUAAGUGCUGUGACCUUUCUGAGAGUUCUUGUUCCGCUGGGCGUCUGUCCCCGAAGGACCAGGGGCAGUAGAGCAUGGCCCAUAGGCCAAAUGCUGCGCACUGCCACCUGCUUUUGUAAAUAAUGUUUUUGGCCCAGAGCCACACCCAUUUUGUGGUCCAGCAGAGCGAGCUGAGAGGUUGGGACGGCUGUGCGGCCUGCCAAGCCCAACAUUGCCUACCUGGCCCCUUGCGGAACAGGCUCGCCCGGCCGCAUGCCUGGUCUCCUGCGCUGUCUUCAUGGUGCGCUGCCUUUGGAAAGCAGCCUGCUUUCAGACAGCUGCGAGCCCCGCCCCUUUCUGCUUUCAGGAACUUGGGCCGGGGCCAUGGCAGGAAGUCAUGCCUGGUGCCCGGAAUUUGGAAGGUGUUUCCUACCAGCUGUCAUUGGCUGGAUCUCCUCAGGUCCUGGUUGCAAAGAGAAAUGGAGAGAAAUUGAAGUGAAUUUGUGUGCACUUCUGGUAGCUUGUUCUAUUUUCUGAGGUGACACGGAGGUUUUUGUCUGGCUGCUCCUAAACAUUAGGUUUUCUUGUUAGCUCUGUGUUGUUUAAAUAGACAUCAGCGUGGCCACUCUGCCAGGCUCCUUACUCAAUAUGUUAGGCAGAGCGGCCUGGGAGCUGUCCUACAGUGAGGGACGUAUUAAUAGAGGCAUGGGCUGGGGAGGGUGGGAUGGCUGGGUCUGUCUGGGGUUAGGGCAAGCACAGACUCCGGAGUCCAGUGAGGCUGCUUCCUGUUUCUGACAUGCCACUUCUCUUUUAUGCUGCUUCCCUGAGCCUCCGUUACCCCUUUUGUCAAUUUAGCAGGAGUUCUUUCCUCUCAACAUUGUGACCAGGACAGACGACACCUGUGAUGGUGCUGCUGCCUGCGAGUUGGGGCCCUGCACAGGUUUUGGGGUGUACAGGAGGCCUGGGGACCGUGAAAGCAUGGUGCUGGGGGUUUGUCCUCCCUUGUGUCGGGGCCCUGUGAACACUCCGUAGCAGGUGCUCCCAGCCCCUGUCUGGGGCUUCCUCUCCAGGUGUGCAUCUGGGCUGAGGCCUAAAUGCCUGGAGACAGGUCCUCAGGUGGCCCCAGCUCACACCUGUGACGGGCGCUGCCCUUUCUUAUUUCUACUUCAGAGACUGGGAGGGCUGGGCUGGACCCGGCUGGCCUGCCUCUGCAGACCUCACUGUCGACCUUGGGGCUGCCCCCAGCUGGGGUCAGGGGGCAUAUGCCUGGUUUGCGCAGGGCAGGUGGCAAGGCUGAGGCUUGGUCCUGGCGCACCAGCUGGGGGGUGCUGCGCCCUCUCUGAAUUGGACGCCUGCCCCCUGCCCCAGGGUCUGGUCUGAAUCCUCCCUUGGGGUUCUGGGCACCGUGGCCCUUGCUUCCCACUGCCUGCAGGCUCCGGUCACCCGCCAGCCCUUCCUUUCCUGCCUGCAGAUGCUUUGGAAGUUUCUGAUGGCCGGAGGGGUGGAGGCGAGGUAGGUCUUGAGUGUCCUGGACCCUCUUACCCUGGCCUCCCCCCUCUGUCAGGCAGGGAUGUCACCAUAGCGCCCCACGGGGAAAGUGACAGUGUGCAGGGAGAGUGACCUUUGUUGAAUGUGGACUUGGAAGGUCGGGUCUGGGGCGUCGGCCUCAUUCCUGCUGCGCACUGGCUGACGACGGCAGGGUCCUUCCCCGCGCAGUUGAAUGGGAGCCCUGGCAGCUCUUGGAGGAGGGAGGCUUUCAAACCCAUGCUUUCAACAUGCUUUCAAACCCAGAGACUGGCAAGGGGGAAGGUGGUGUGACCCACAGGGGGUCACGGGGUGUGGCAGCUGGGGCUGCCACUCGCAGCUGGAUGGUGAGGAGGAUCAGCAUGCAGACCGCGCUCAGUGGGCUCUCCAGUGGGAAUGGCCCCAGGCAGGCACGCGUCCCCCCACUGUCCCCUCAGCUGUGGUUGGUAUGUGGACGAUUAUGCUGCAGGACGCCCAAGUGGGGGUGACUUCAUGGAGAGUGGGAGCUGCUUGUCUGGGCAGGCGAGUGGUGUCCCAGCACAUGUGGGAAGAAUGAGGGGUCACCUGGUGGCUGGGAAUGCCUUGGAUAGCAGGAAUGUCCCUGGUCGGGUCCCAGGGGUUCAGGGGCGGGUCUUGGCACCUCCUUGGGGACCCAAGGGGGCUGGGAUGGGGAGGAUGGUGGGUGGAGUCUGGCUCGGUUCUGCUGUCCAGGCCCAGUGAGCUCAUGGUCUGGGUCCCACCUCCAGGACUGUCUUUGGUCCCUUUGGCCCUCUCAGGGACUCAAACUUUGCAUUUUGACCUUGGCUUCUGUUUUGUGCAUAUGUCCCCGAGCCCUACAGGGGAAGAAGGGUGAGUGGUAGUGCUGAGUCCCUUGGUGUUUCCUGAGCCCUGUUCUUAUGUGCCCAUGACAGUGUGAGAUGGAGGGAUGCGGACACAUGUCCUGUACCAGCCCGUACCAGCCCGUACCAGCCCGUACCAGCCCGUACCAGCCCGUACCAGCCCGUACCAGCUUGUACCAGCCCGUACCAGCCCACAGGCACUGUUAGCAUUGCAGGGAUCUGGCCAGUAGGAAGAACGGGAGCCUGUAAACUCAAAGUUGGGUAAACUGGAAGCACACGUACCCGACCGAACCCCUCCUUGCCGAACUGCCGUCACUGCUUUUAUUCACUGGCAUGGUCCCGAGGUGGUUUGCAUCGGUCUUGUCUGAAAGGUGGACAUCCUGGCUCACAGUGGCCACGGCAUCGGGCCCCACCACGCACCCAUGCCUGCACGUCUUUGGCAGCUCGCAAAUGGCCCCGGGGGGAGCAGCCACACCCCCAGAACGGCCGAUGUCGCGCAUCAGGGCUUCACUUCUCGUUUCGUUGAUUGGGCUUUGUUGAGGGUCGGAAAAUCCGCGUGUGUGACGUGUAGCCACUCGCUGUGAGUGGCACAGAAGAGCCGAGGUGACUGUGCGCUGCUCUCAGAAAGCUGUCCUGCCCUUGGGCAGGGGAGUCCCUGUCCAUGAGCCACGCAUGGGGCCCUGACGCGUGCCUCCCACGUGCACCUUGUCUGUCUGGUUCAUGUGAACAGAAUUGCCAGCCAGCAGUCCUGCCCGCGCUGGACUCGUCUGCCCCCUGCAACCGUGGUGGACAAGGGAGGGGUGUUAGGAGAAGCUGGAACGCCCGUGAGCUGCGCUGGCCGCACGUUUUACCAGGAGCUGAGUGUGUGUGCAGCUGUGUGUCCGUGUGGUUUGUAAGAGCCGUCCGACCGACGUCUCUGCUCUCGGGUCCCCGGAGCCACUCCCUGCGCCGUCACAAGCUCUCCAGGCCGUGUGCGUGAUCCCAGGUCACAGAAGAGGGGGGUGACAGCUCACACCAGGCCCUCUCAGCUCUCCCGCUCUCUCUGACUCUCCAGGGCCACCCAGGCCAUUCUGGUGGGACCUGUCUGCAUAUCUUCACUGGCAGAUUACACAGGAGGUUUUGGGCUGACCUUCGUGGGGGCAGACCGGCCCUGAAGAUGCUUGCCCCUGGGAAGAAAUUCAGGCCUCUACCCCGCCUCCAGAGAAACAUCCAGGUUAUUGGAAACUUGGUGUUAAGUUUUCUGCAAGUGUUUAUGGAUUUAAGGGGGCUGCAAACCCCAGCGGGUCUCCUGGACGAAGUCCGUGGACAGCCCUUUGCUCUGAGGGCUCUGUGGAAGGACAGCUCUUCGCGGCUGUGGCCGGGGGGCCCAGAGCCGGCGUAGGGUCCCGUGUUUCCUGGUGCUCAGAGACUGGUCAGCACGGCCCCUACUUUGUGCAUCAUUGCUUCGUUUGUGGGACGAGGGUUUGUGAGCCUAGCACAGGUCACGGCUGGCCUCUGCCCUUAGGGCCUGUGUUCUUACAGGGCAGGGCUGGGGGCCCAAAUCCUAAACAGGGACGUUAGCUGGAAGUUUCCGGACCCCAAACCAAAUGGGAUGAUGGUUUUCAAGGUGGGGUACUUGGAGAAAAAGGCUCUGGGAUGGGGAAUCCCCCAGAACUAGAGGUGCUGGGCCCUGCAGUAGGAGCAAAGGUAGUGGCCAGAGGACCCCCAGGGGCUGGAAGUCCGGUUUCCUGUCACAUGGAGAAGGGCUCUGUGAGGUGCCGUGGGAUCCCCAUCCCAAGUCCAGCAGGGCAGGAGGGUGUGGUCAGGGUGCAGAGGCAGAUGUUGUGGGACCUAGCUUGGAGAGGAAGGCCGUGUGUGCUGCAGGUGGCCCUGGAGUAAUGGCGGGUUCCUUCAGGGGCUAUGGCUUGAGCAGUGUGGAUACACACGCCGUCCAGCAGGAGGGUGAGUGGAGACUCUGGCUCUGCACUAAGCCCGAUAGAACUGAGACGUCCAGCAGGCCGCCCGCGGAGAAGCCAGAGCAGAGCUCCUGGGGAAGCCUGCAGGUGCUAGUUCGGGGGGAGGCCAUCUGGGUGUGGACACCAGGAGUAUUUGGGGUCCUGCUGCCUGUGCCCACCUGGCAGGACCCAGCUGUGAAUCUGGGUGAGGAAAGGGGCUCACACACAAGCCUUGUGUUUGGGGAGACCUGGGGGUCAUCCGCUGUGAGCCAGCAUCUUGAGCCUGGCCAUGGGGUUGGGGACUGGGUCAGUGGCUCUGGCAUCAGACCACUCCCAGGGCAGUUCCUAGCACAGGGCCCUGCAGGACUGAAUGGGAGUUGUGUGUGUGCUGGGGUUCUGGGGGCGAGGCCCUUGGGGUGCUGAUUAGGACACCCAAGUCAGCACCUCCCCAGCCCUCCUGGUCCCCCUGCAGAGCCUCCGAAUCUGCGGCUGCCCUCCCAGGCCGCUCUGCGGGGUCUGGAGCUGUCUUCCCAGAGGACGGGGAGGAUGGGCCGGCUCUGGGCCUGGCUUGGGGAGCGGGGAGGCGUGGGUUCUCAGCAUCUGUGACUCCCAGGAAGAAGGCUUAGGACGGGGCUGGCUCCUGUGGGAAAGUGGACACUGUUUAUCCUUGGAUCAGCAGGAGAGCCCCUAGAUAAUCGGGAGACGAGGCCAGGCCGGGGAGUGACGUGCGCGGCGGGUCGAGGGAGAUUGGCUGGGACACGGCAAGCGCCCGAGACCAGGAACUACUCUUUUAAGAAUCUUGGCUGGGAAGGGAAAUGAAGUCCUUUGUGGUUUCCAAGUCCAGUUUCCCUAGACACUGCCGUCUUUGUGUGUCCAGAAGCCAUUCAGUGGGUUUCCAGAGCAGCACGCUUUGUGUCUUGGGGCCAGCUCUGCUGGACUCGGUCCUGCAUGCAGGGCACACGGAGCCCGGAGGGUGCUGCCUGGAGCCGGCCGAGCCCCGCCACCCUGUGCCGCAGCCCCAGGUGCCCCCGCUGUGCGUGUUCCCGGCUUGCUCGCUGCCACGGCCAGGGUUCCAGCGUCCUUGCAGAGCGCCCUGGCUCUGAUCAGGGUUCUGGAGUAGCUACGGAUAGGGGGCCUCUCCCAGAGCGUCUGCGUCCACGCGGAGGGACCCCGACCGUCAUGUUAAGGUAAAGCAGAGGGGCUCGGUGCUGAACAUGCUAAGGAGGCUGGACAAAAUCCGGUUCAGAGGUCACAGGAGAGACGACUUCCUCGAUCUAGCAGAGUCUCCAAAUGCCUCGGACACCGAGUGCGGAGAUGAGGUGCCCCUGAAGAUGCCUCGGGCCUCGGCCCGGGACAGCGAGGAGCUGAGGGACACUGCUGGUCCGGGGACCCUCAUCAUGGCUUCAGGAGUCCAGGACUUUAACCGGACAGAGUUUGAUCGAUUAAAUGAGAUCAAAGGCCACCUGGAAAUCGCCUUACUGGAAAAACACUUCUUACAGGAGGAGCUCCGGAAGCUCAGGGAAGAGACCAACUCGGAGAUGCUCCGGCAGGAGCUGGACCGGGAGCGGCAGCGGCGGAUGGAGCUGGAGCAGAAGGUCCAGGAAGUGCUGAAGGCCAGAACCGAGGAGCCGACGGCCCAGCAGCCUCCGAAAGGGCAGGCCCAGGUCAACAAUGGAGCAGACCGGCGGAGCCAGGGGCUGUGCCCCCGCGUCCAGAAGUGGUUCUACGAGAAGUUCGGGGAGUACGUGGAGGACUUCCGGUUCCAGCCGGAGGAGAGCGCCGUGGAGACGGAGGAGCCCCUCAGCGCCCGGAGGUUGACGGAAAACAUGAGGCGACUAAAGCGCGGUGCCAAGCCCGUCACCAGCUUCGUGAAGAACCUCUCUGCCUUAUCCGACUGGUACUCCGUCUACACGUCCGCCAUCGCCUUCACCGUGUACAUGAACGCCGUGUGGCAUGGCUGGGCCAUCCCCAUGUUCUUAUUUCUAGCAAUUUUGAGGUUAUCCCUCAAUUACCUCAUAGCCAGGGGCUGGAGGAUACAGUGGAGCAUCGUGCCUGAAGUCUCUGAACCGGUGGAGCCUCCAAAGGAAGACUUGACCGUGUCUGAGAAGUUCCAGCUCGUGCUGGAUGUGGCCCAGAAGGCCCAGAACCUCUUCGGCAAGAUGGCUGACAUCCUAGAGAAGAUCAAGAACCUGUUCAUGUGGGUCCAGCCCGAGAUCACGCAGAAGCUGUACGUCGCGCUCUGGGCUGCCUUCCUCGCCUCCUGCUUCUUCCCCUACCGCCUGGUGGGACUGGCCGUGGGACUCUACGCUGGCAUCAAGUUUUUCCUCAUUGACUUUGUCUUCAAACGCUGCCCGAGAUUGCGAGCCAAAUACGACACCCCCUACAUCAUCUGGAGGAGCCUGCCCACGGACCCCCAGCUCAAAGAGCGCUCCAGCACCGCCGUGUCGCGCCGGCUGCAGACGGCCUCCUCGCGGAGCUGCGUCUCCGGCGCGCCCGCCGGCCUCAACAAGGACGAGGACGCCGGUCGCCUCCACGGCGCCAAGAAGGGCGGUUUCCACGAGAUCUUCAACCUGACAGAAAACGAGCGCCCGCUGGCAGUGUGCGAGCAUGGCUGGCGCUGCUGCCUCAUAAACCGGGACCGCAAGAUGCCCACCGACUACAUCCGCAACGGGGUUCUGUACGUGACGGAGAAUUACUUGUGCUUUGAAAGCUCCAAAUCCGGUUCUUCCAAGAGAAACAAGGUCAUCAAGCUGAUGGACAUCACGGACAUACAGAAGUACAAGGUCCUCUCUGUCCUCCCGGGCUCAGGCAUGGGGAUCGCUGUGUCAACGCCUUCAACCCAGAAACCGCUGGUGUUUGGCGCCAUGGUGCACAGAGACGAGGCCUUCGAGACCAUCCUCAGCCAGUACAUGAAGAUCACGGCAGCCGCGGCGGCUGGCAGCGACAGCUAGUGUCCAUCCACCCGGGAUGAUGCUGGAAGGCUUUCGUUUGGUUUUUUGGUUUAUUUUUGUUUUUUUUGUUUUUUUGUUUUUUAACAAUUUGAUAGUGGAAAAACAGUUGGACAUCCUCCUGAUCUUUCGCAAUAAUUCCCCUUGACCUGUGGUUUUAUUGUGUUCACGCUGCGCUUCCCGGACCCCUUCACGCGGGGGUUGCGGCCUCGGACGGCGCCCGCCCGUCCCACAGGGGAGGUGCGUCCCACGACCACACGGACGCAGAGGGCAGGGAUGCUCGGAGGCCAGCGGGAAGGAGGACACUCAGGCCUGUGCCAGCCGCCGCCGAGUACAGCCGCCGUCCCGCCGCCCUGGACGGAGAGCCCGCGCCCGCCGCGCCCGGCCCUCCAGAGGCCGGAGCGCUUGCACGCCGAAGCCACGGCUGCGAGCACCGGCGUCCCUCUUCCUGGGCAUGAAGGACAUCGGUGAGGAGCGGCUCGGAGGCGCCUCCGCCGACCACCCUGGGCGGGCCCGUGGGUCUCACUCCUUCCUGUAGCGAGGCCACCUACCACGCGGCCUCAAGUGGGGCCCGGGACAGGGCGCGGCUCGGUCUGGCCUGCGCUCGGUGCCAGCCAUCCACAGGGGCCAAGGAGCCACCAAGGCCACUGGCCAUCUGGGCCCUACUAGCCACUGGGAGGCCAGGAGUCGGCAACCCUCACAGACAGGGAGUGGCGUGCAGGCAGAAGCACAUCUUUCACUCUCUGCUCUGGAAAGUAGACCAUCGGCCGGGGCUUUCGGGGCCCUCUGAGCGCGGGAUGCUCUCAGAUGAACGUCAGCCGCAGCACGGCCAGGUGUGGCUUCGUGGUGACAGCCUCCGGGGCUGGCAGAGGGGUGCUCUGGGGCCCAGGGGCGGGAGCGGCCUGGAUGCACCGUGGGCCAGGCUGGCUGCCGGUUUGCCAUGGGAGCUGUGUGGGGCCACUCGGGGGCUCCAGCAGUGGGGAGUGACUGAGUGGAGCCCAGAGGCUGGGGGCCGGGUGGUCUGCGCCCCUGACGUCCGGCGGUGGGAGCGAGCCACCCCCACCCGGCGCCUGCCAGGGCGCUGGUGGCCGAGGCCGGGGUUUGGGGGAGGGGUCUGUCUGCGGGCUGCAUUGGCUUGGGGACAGGCCUGUGACCUUGGGGAAGGACAGGCUGAGGUUGUGGCGGCCGCGCCCACCCCCCGGCCGGUGCCUCCGACUCGACGGCGGCUCCUCGGCGUGCCCUGCGUCCCCUGGGUGUCCUGGACAUUGUUGUUUUUUGAAGAAACAGAAGAUUAUAUUUUUUACAGAGAGCAAGCUGUUUUUCUUAUUUUUGUAUCAUUUUUCAGAUGUAAUUUUUACCUUUGCUCCAGUCCUAAUUUGCUGGUUUGGGUGAAGCCCGGUGGCCUCGCUCGCGUCCUCCUUCUCGGGGGGCCACGGAGCCGCACGCCAAGGCCCAGGCCGCGCUCCCAGGGGGCCGCGCUCCCAGGGGGCCGCGCCGACCAGCCUGAUGAAGCACACAGCCCGCCCGGCCGGUGAGGUCUGAGGGCACCCGCGGCGCCCGCCGCCCUGGUCUGCCUGGCGCUGGCGUUCACACGACCCCGCAGGCCGGCUUCUCGUCGGACCGAAGGCAGAGCCGCUCUGAGUCCUGGCUUUGGCUCCCACUGUGGGCGCAGGGGGACCGGCUCCCAUGGGCCCCGCAGAGGCCUCAGGCACCCCCGGGGACCCUCCCACAGGGACCCUCCCGCGGUGCCUGAGGCGAGGGGGGACAGGCCGAUUCAGGGGGACCCUCUGGGAGCCGCUCACACCCCUCCCUGGGGCUGCCAAGGGGUUGGCAUGGGGCUUGCCCUCCUCAGCAGAGCGGGUGGUUUGGUUCGAGUCCCUUCUGAGGAGAAAGGGAGAUGAAAACUGACCACGUGCGGAGCACGGCCCGGGGCGCUGGGUGGGGGUACGUGGCCCCCGGGGGCUCCCCGCUGCCUGGCAGAGAGAGCCCAGGGUUUCUAUCAAACUGUGUAAAUCUGGGCAGAUGUUUAAUUUCUAUGACUAAUCACUGAACUAGCGUGAAUGUUACAUUUUUAGGUCCAAAGCUCGAGUCUGUUUUGGAUCUGUAAGUAACCGUUCCUGCUGUCACUCUGUUCCACAGAAGGGUUGUACUGUAUGAAGAACUGAUGAAAAACCCUGUAACAGUUUUUUAAGAAAACUUUGUUUGUUUAAAGAAGUCUUGUAUAAAUUAUAAUUUUUAUUUAAAUAAACC